CAAUGGUUCAUACCUCUCCUUCUUCCCAGAUGCAACAAACACUGCCCUAGUUCCUUCUCCCCUCCUCCUCCUAUGUCGCCAACCACCCCUCCCACCGGCCACCCCUCCUCCUCCUCCCGCUGUCGUCUCGUCAGUCAUCCUCCUCGUUCCUGCUGCUAACAGUUGAUUAUAGGUGUGUAAAUUCUAAAGUAUCCAUCCCUUCAAAUGGCUGCUUCAUUCUUCGUGAUCUUGCUUGACCCGUCCGCCAGUCACCUGCGAUUACCAUCUGCUUAUGUCAGCAAGCAUUUGGAGAACAAAAUCCCAAAAGGCCCGGUAAUCCUUUUUGUAAACGGAGGGUAUUCAUGGAGAUUGAAGAUCAAGAAAAUCGGUGAUGAUUAUUGUUUCACCGAUGGAUGGAACAAUGUGGUUCAAGAUAUCCAGUUGGGUUUUGGGGAUUUUCUUUGCUUUCGGCCCCUUGAUCAAUCCACAUUUGAAAUGACAAUCUAUAGGCCAAGUGGAAGUGAAAAAAUUCUGCCACCAAAAGGGGAUCAUGAUGGUACUGGUGGAGUUGAAUAUGUUGUUACUGAAGAUGACGAAAACGAUCAAGUGAAUGGUGAGAAGGAAGACGAUGAUGAUCCUUACUUUACGCCGAUUAUCACUAAAACCCACACAAAAGUUUUGCGGUUUCCGGUGAAGUUUGCUGAGUUGGCGGGGAUAGAUGGUGAAGGAACCAUGGUAAUGAAGAAUCUUGCUGGAAAAGAAUGGCAUUUGGGUUUGAAGAUGGAAAAAACACUUGGCAAGAAUAGGUACUAUUUGACGACCGGAUGGAGUGGUUUCCGGCUGGAAAAUGAUUUAUCUGAAGGCGACGAAUGCGUGAUCAAGUUUAUCAGAAGUGAAGGGAAGUUAUUACUAGUAAAAAUUCCCAAGCAAGAAUGGGCAGCAAGGCAGCCACAGCCUUCAGGCAAAAAUCAGGUGAUUGAUGUUGAGAAAAGGAAGAGGGGGCGGCCGCCAAAGCAACCACAUAUAUCCGGUGAGCGAGUGAGGGAGGUUAUGAAAAUAAAGAGGGGUGAGAUCAUGUGAAAUGCCACCUAAGCGACUAUGUGGAACGCCACCUCAGCAAAAUGAAAUUUGUUGUUAAGUAUUAUGAAACUUAUUUGGUGUUAUCUUUGUUUGUUUCAUACUUUCACUAUUGGUAUUUGUU